AUGGCAUCCAAUUUUCUUAAUAAUAUACAAACAGCCGGUCGAUUUUCUGAUGUUUGGCUGGAACCACUGCGAAUUCUACCAUUAAUUCAAAAUUACGAACAUUUACCGAUUGUUCCGUUAGACGAAGCAAUUCAGCCAAUUAAAUUAUUCGUACCUGAGCUUGAUCGCAUGGUUUGGAUAGCCAAACAACAUAGUCAACAUAUGCACGGACAUCUAACACUCAAUGAAUCAGCAUCAAUUUUGCUCUAUUCCAUGGAAUGGACGCCCGGUGAAAAUUCAUUUUAUUACUCAUUCAAUCAAAUACUUCGUUCAGAAAAUCGUGAAUUACUCAAGCCAUGGUUACUCUAUUUCAAACUACUUCUUAUAUCUUACUUCAAAUUGCCUGAGAAAUCCAUUUCGAUGGUCUAUCGUGCUGUAAACAUGGAUCUUAGCUCAAAAUAUCACACCGGAUCAACAUGCAUAUGGUGGGGCUUCUCACCAUGCACAAUGUCAGCAGAAUAUGCCGAUCGAUUUCUGAAUAAAACAGGUCAGCGAACACUAUUUAAGAUUGAAUGUCAAUCCGCGAAAGCUAUUCACGAACAUACCCUCUCUUCAAACCAAGAAGAAGUUUUAUUUUUGCCUGCAAGACAAUUCAAAGUUAUUGGAAACUACCAACACGACAACGAUCUUUGCAUUAUACAUUUACGAGAAAUUCAACCGUUGAUUAGUUUCUUUCAACGACUAUCAACUAUCGACAUGUUCAUGCUGGCAAUUCGAUGGACAAGUGAUUAUACCAAUUCAAAAUUAGAGCACUACAUCGAACAUUGCAAAUCUCGUAGCGAAAUCAAAUUGGAAAAUCAAUCACUAAACGAUUCAGAUAUGGACAUUAUCGUUCGACAGGCAAUUAAUCAUAAAAAUUGCACAGCGUUGACAUUGAAUCAUAAUCAGAUAACAUGCAAAGGUGUAUUCAUUCUCGGAUCAGUUCUAUAUGAUAAUACAACAUUGACAAAGUUGGUCUUAGCAAAGAAUUCUAUUGGUGAUUUAGGUAUUCAAUAUCUGUCACAAAUUUUGGCAACUAAUCAUGUUCAUACAAGCAAACUGGAUCUCUCGUCUAAUAAGAUAACCUGUAAAUCGAUACAGUACCUGUCGGAAAUGUUAAAAACAAACGAGAUUUUGUGUUCAUUAUGGUUGAAUGAAAAUGAAAUUACUGAUGAAGGUGUUUAUUCAUUAGUGAAUUCCCUUGCAUUUUAUAAUAGAUCGCUGAAGUUUUUACGUUUAUCAGGCGACCCGACUAUAACCGACGCUUCCGUUGACUCAAUAAUCAAUAUGCUGGAACACAAUACAGCAUUAAAGUUCUUGGAUAUUCAACAUUGUAAUCUGUCAUCUGGUGGCAAAUUAUCGUUGGAAAAAGCGAUUCGAUCGAAAAAAAGCUUCUAUCUACUUGCAUAA